UUUGAGUGCCUGUUUGACAGCAACUGUAAGAUCAAUGAAAUCACGCGAAAGUUUUGCCAGAAAUGUCGCCUAAAUAAAUGCUUUGCCAUUGGAAUGAAAAGGGAAUUCAUACUGAAUGACGAGGAAAGGCAUUACCGACGCAUCAAAUUGGAGGCCAAACGGAAAGUUAGGAAAAAUAGCGCCGAAACCAUUGUCUCCACCAAUACAUCAUCGCCUGAAUUGACAUCAUUUGGCGCUAAUAAUACCGAAACCAACAGUAAUUCAAUGGAUAUGUUCACAGAAUCGGCAAACAAUGCAAACAAUAUGUACUCAACGCUAAGUGUUUGUACAGACACUCCAACCCUCUCAACCUACACCACAUCCAUUGUAGCGACAGGUGCUGUCGAAACAGAUUUCAUGUUUGGAUUCAUGGAUUAUAAUAUUAAUAAUGAUAAUAACAGUAUCUGUAGUGAACAACUAAUUGAUGAGAUUCUUGAGAAUGAGUACCACAACCACCACCAUAACCACCAAAACUAUCACAACCUCACCAAUAGUGCCACCGCUGAUGACACAGAGAUCUCGGACGAGGUCUACGAAAAAGUGGUCGAGUUUGAGCUGUCGGUGAUCCCCAUAGCCCAGCCUAUCAUCGAAAAUAAUACCUCAUUAAAUGAUUGCGAGUAUUCAGUGUUGAGGGAACUCCUAAACGCCACACAAAUCCUGAACCGAGAGUACUAUCCGCAGACCAGGAGGUUGUCGGAGAUCACGACAGUCCCAGACUUGAGGAAAACCAUGAGUUUUAUAUUUGAGAAGGAGAUCCAGAAUGUGGUGAAUGUUAUGAAAGGGUUGUCAGGCUUUCAGAAAAUGUGCGAAAGCGACAAAAUAGCACUUCUCAAGAAUAGCGCCAUUGAGACCCUGUUUAUGCGGUCGGUCUCUCAUUAUAACCAAGAAAAAGACUAUAUAACACUUACCAUGGACACCAACAACUCUAUACUAAUAAAGUCAGAUAUAGUGAAGCAAGUGAGACGCAAUUUGUAUGGAGUACUCAUAAGGUAUUACUCUAAGAUACUGGCCCUUUGGGACUCGGAUUACGUUAUACUAGAUCUGUUAACCGCGAUAAUCAUGUUUGAUCCGGAUAAGGAUAAUCUCAUACACAAGGACGUGAUCAAGCUCCAGCAGAAUAUAUACAUGCAUUUACUGAAGCGAUACCUGACAACCAAAUAUCAACCGGAAUGCGAGUCUAAGACUAAAUUCUUGCGGAUUAUGAACACAUUGGUCGACAUAAGACUUCUGGGCACAAUUCAGAGACAAAAUGCCUCCGAUAACAUAAAUGAUGGCAUUUCUAAAACUUAUAUGAGUCCACUGGUUAAGGAGAUUGUUAUGUAA